UUGGCGCGCAUGCGCAGUGAGUGGAGUGCGCCAAAUAACGGACGAUUUCUGAGGCGAGUUUAGACUUGACAUGACUCGCGCGUCGAAGUUGUUAUAUCGUCUGAAUUAGUCAAAACAUAACAACUAAGAUUCAGGUUUCAUAUAUCUCUUUAGUUUGUUUACUUUUCAAGUCAAACCUUAACCUUAAGGUCGAACUUAUUCUUUCUGCUCGAUGUUUGUCGAGCCGUAGUAAAACCAUGUUUGAACAGUUUUGAGGUGAAUGGCGACUCCAGUAGAUCCUCAGACGCUGUCAGUAUCAGGACGGGAGAAGAGACACGUGAGGUUUGUGGAAGUCUCACCGCGAGAUGAAGACCAGAAGGACGUGACGGAGGAGUGCGGUGCUCAUCUGUCCGUGUGGUCGGCCGGUCUGUUCAUCAGUAAGUGGCGCUCGGCGCAGCGCAGAGGGGUUCGAGCCCGGCUCUACACGGAUGACCCCGAGUACAGACGUGUGCUGAGAGAGCAGGAGCUCCAGCUGAGAUCCACCGUGCCGCUGCCGCUGGCCUCUGCUAUGGACCAGGAGACACUGCACAUCCUGCUGGACGUGGAGAAAUCUUACAGACGUAGCCUGGGUCCACACCACGCUCUCACCGCAGACGCUCAGAGACGAAUCCAGACGCUCAGAGACAGACGAUCUGCUCGAGGUGUGAGAGAGGAGCCGGAGACGAGCACCUGGAGCCGCUGGACACCCUUCAGGAGAGACAUCUUCAGACGAGCUCAGAGUCCAGAGACAGAGAUGAGUGUCCUGAACACCUGGAGCCGCUGGACACCUUUCAGGAGAGACAGACGAGCUCAGAGUCCAGAGACGGAGGAGACAGAGACGAGCGUCCUGAACACCUGGAGCCGCUGGACACCCUUCAGGAGAGACAGACGAGCUCAGAGUCCAGAGACAGAGGAGACAGAGACGAGCGUCCUGAACACCUGGAGCCGCUGGACACCCUUCAGGAGAGACAUCUUCAGACGAGCUCAGAGUCCAGACCACACCAGUGUCUGAUGAGACUACACAUUAAACACUGAGGAUUCACUUCAGCUCUGUGUGUUUGACAGAGAGCCUACAGUCACACACACACACACACACACACACACACACACAGA